CACAGGAGAAAAAUAAGGAGCAGUGACAGAUUUGUGUUUUCAUUCUGUUUCUCAAUACCUUUUGAUUUAUUUAUUUUUUAUUCUUUAUUUCCCUCUCUAAUUCAGAUUAAAUCCUACACUUUCUUUCAACCUUUUCCUGGAAAUCUUACGAAAUCGGUAGUAGUACAUCAGACAACUUAGAAGAUUCUCAUAUGGAUAAAACUGUACAAACUGAUGAUCAGAAGGAAGAACUGCCCAAGGAUGAGAAAGAAAAAACAAAUGAAACAGAGAAGGCAGAAGGUGGAGGCGAAAAUGGUGAAGGAAAGAUUGAAUAUGAAAAGAAAACAGAUGAGGAAAGCAUGAAUGCUGAAGAAAAGAAAGAAGAUUUGAACAAACUAGACGUGGGGAUGAAGAAUGAUGAAGGAAAGGAAGGAGAUGUGAAGGAAAUUAAUGAGGUGAAGAACGAUGGAGCAAGGAAAGAAGAUGUUAAGAAAAUAAAUGAGAUUGAUAAUAGUGACGCAGAGAAAGAAGUUGAAGAGGUGAAGGAUGGUGAAGCAAAGAAAAAAGAUGAGGAAAAUGAAGGUAAAGCAGUAGAAGAGAAACAUACUUCUGAGGGUGUCAAAGAAAGAGUUGUUAAGAUAGAUCAAAAUCCAACGUUUGUUGAGGAAAAUGGUGAAUUGAAUAAGAAUGAGAAAGCUGACGCAGAGGAUGUUUCAUCAUGUAAUGUUAACGUGAGUAGUUUGUCAUUCAAGGAAGAGAGCAACCUCUUCUCUGAUCUAAAACAGAAUGAAAAGAAGGCAUUGGUGGAGCUUAGAUCAAAAGUUGAGGAAGCCAUAAAUGGAAAUCAAUUGUUCAAAGUAAAGGAAAGUGAUGUCCAAGAGCGAAAUGAAGAAAAAUCAUCGGAAAAUAGUGGUGAAAAGGAAAUGGAAAAACCAAAAGAAAAUGAAGGUAAAGAAGAUGUCGGAGAUGAGGGUAGUGAGGCAAAUUCAUCCAUGGAAGAGAACAAAGAUGGUAUGCAGGAAGGCCCGGAAAAAGAAAGGGUCGUUGCAGAAGCUGAAGAGAAGAAAGUGCAGGAUCAGGCUAUGGAUGGAAAAGGGGAUUCCAUUGAUAAGGAUAUCAAACUUUGGGGAGUCCCAUUAUUGCCUAGUAAGGGAGGUAAGGCAACCGAUAUUGUGCUAUUGAAAUUCUUGAGGGCUAGAGAGUUCAAGGUCAUCGAUGCCUUCGAGAUGCUGAGGAACACCCUUCAAUGGAGAAAAGAAAACAAUAUUGAUUCCAUCCUAGAUGAAGAUCUUGGCAAUGAAUUUCGCUCCACAGCAUACAUCAAUGGCAGUGAUCGCCAAGGCCACCCGGUAUGUUACAAUGUUUUUGGGGUGCUUGGCGGUGAUGAGAUGUUCAGUAAAACAUUAGGGACGGAAGAGAAUCGUGACAAGUUUGUAAGGUGGAGAGUGCAACUGAUGGAGGAGGGAAUUAAAAAGCUUGAUUUUAAUGGCGUCUCAUGUUUGCUGCAAAUCAUCGAUCUCAAGAACACCCCAGGACCCUCAAAGAAGGAAGUUCGGCUUAUCAUGAAACAAGUGAUUAGCCUUCUCCAAGACAACUAUCCUGAAUUUGUUGUGAAAAAUAUCUUCAUCAAUGUUCCUUUCUGGUAUUAUGCAUUUGCCGCCUUCUUUUUACCUUUCUUAACCCAAAGAACAAAGAGCAAAUUUGUGUAUGCUAGGCCAGCAAAAGUCAUUGAAACCCUUCUCAAGUACAUUGAUGCAGAAGAAAUACCAGUAUGCUAUGGCGGCCUCAAACGUGACAACGAUUCUGACUUCUCGGCUGAAGACCAUGCAGAGGAAGUUCUUGUCAAAGCAAGCUCAACGGAAACAAUUGAGAUCCCUGCACCAGAGGCAGGGAGUGUUCUGAUCUGGGACUUGGUCGUGUUGGGUUGGGAAGUGAACUAUAAGGAGGAAUUUGUGCCGGAUGAUGACAAGUCUUAUACCAUUAUUGUUCAGAAGGAAAGGAGAAUGGGGAUUCAGGAAGGACCGAUUCGGAAUUCUUUCAAGAAUAACGAGCCUGGAAAGAUUGUUCUCGUAAUAGGGAAUGCACCGUUCAAGAAUAAGAAGCGUGCUUUCUAUCGAUACAAAAUCAAGAAUGUUAGCUCAGCAUCCUGAGGUUCCAAUGAUUAUAUAUAUAUAUAUUAUAAGUUUUAGUUAAGUAGAUUGGUCAAAGUUUGAAUUGAGAUAUGCAGGAUAAAGAGGAACAAAAUUAAGCCAUUUAACUUUGGCAACCAUAUUUCUUUUCAACUUGUAUUAAUUUCAAUUUUGUUCCUUAUUCUUUCUUUCUUUCUUUCCCCCUUCUUUUAUUCAUUGUUUGGUGCAAUAUAUAGUAAGGUAGGAG